AUGGGUUACUUCAAUCAAUACAUUGGAAAUGAUGCCUACUACAUCUAUAAGGGAAAGCCUUUGGUUUCCACUUUCGAAGGAGCAGGUGAUGCUGAUGCUAGGCGUCAAAUCAAGGCACAGACUGGCAUUGUCUUCAUUCUAGAUUGGUCUUCUUUAGGUGCCCAAGCAGCCUUAAAACUUGAUGUUGCAGAUGGUCUCUUCAGUUGGGCUGCUUGGCCUUGGGGCAACACAGAUAUGAACACAUAUGUUGACGCCUCAUACAACCGAUUUCUUGAUGCAAAGCCUUACAUGAUGCCUGUCAGCCCUUGGUUCUACACUAAUCUACCACAGUUUCAUAAGAAUUGGCUUUGGCGAGGCGACGAUUUAUGGUAUGACAGAUGGGAAGAAGUUAUAUUUGGCAACCUAAUCUCGUUGAAAUCGUAUCAUGGAAUGACUACGGAGAAUCUCAUUAUGUUGGACCUAUUGAUGAAACAACCAUGGGUGCAAUGCGCUCUGCCCCUUACAAUCUGA